AUGCUCGCGUCAAAAGUUGAUCGUCUGCUGCAGGUUGUUGCAGCCCGAGGGGCGCAGCCUGCGUCGCUGCCGGGCAAGUGUCUGCCCGUGAACAACGUGGUGGCCUUCUCCGGGGGCGUGGACUCAUCGCUGGCGGCGGCGCUGGUGUUCCGCGUGUUCCCGGCCACGAGCGCCGCGUGCAUCGGCAGAUCCGCCGCGUUGUCGACGGUGCAACUGCAACAGGCGAGGCAAGUUGCCGCGCACAUUGGCGUCCCGUUGUGGGAGUGCCGGACGCAAGAGGCCAAGCUGGAGGGCUACGUGUCAAACAAGGGCAAAAGUUGCUACUAUUGCAAGACCACGCUCUACUCAACGCUGAACCAAGUGGCGGAAUUUGCGUGGCAAGAAAUGCAACAGUUGCAAAUGGAGGCAAGAGGGGAGAUGGGCGACGAGAAGGUCAAGCCCGUGCUGUAUAAUGGCACGAACGCGGACGACCAAUUGGACCCCACGAGAGUUGGGUUGGUGGCUGCGUCGGAGUUUGACGUCGUGAGUCCGUUGAGUGGGCUCACGAAGCAGGAGGUGCGGGAUGUGGCCAAGUACUUGGGGCUGCCCAACUGGAACGCAGCUGCGUCGCCGUGCUUGAGGUCGAGGCUGCAAUUUGGAGUGGAGGCGACUCAGCAACAUUUGCAUCGCGUAGAGAAAGCGGAGGAUUUCGUGCGUGAACUCGUCCGACUGGAGCCCCAGAUGAGCAUGCGUGUGCGGUUUCUCGCGGGGAAUAAGGCUGCUGUCGAGCUUGAUCAGGAGGCGUUGGAGAAGGCCAUGCCUCAGUUUGAUGCCAUCGACGCAGAGCUGCGACGACUAGGGUUUGACGCGGUGGAUGUCCGUGCUUUCCGGUCGGGAAGCCUAAGCGGGUACAACCCGAAUUCUGUAGUUCAGCACACCCCGGCAAAACGGGCAGAGAUGGUUGAAGCUCGUGUCCUGUAA